AUGAGCGAAUUAUAUGCCGUCUCGCAAUUCCUUUCUACUAACAAAGCUGGCCAAUUUGCUGAGCCCUGGCAAAACCCGGACCCCAGACUGCUUGACGUCUUGCCGAGGCAGUUUGCUGAGCAACACGGACGUAUCCAUGAUCCGGCCCCACCGGUACCAGCGUGCCUUCCCCCAUCUAAGGAAUUUCAGAUUUGUGCCAAUGAAUUCUUGAAGGGGAUGCGCGAGUUCCUCAACAGUGCCCAGGACAAGGGCGCCACCCAAGCCUUCGAUUCCCGAUCUUGGGACAACUUGAAGAACGAAGCCACUGAGGCGUAUAACAAACUAGACGAGCAUGAGAAGAGGAGAAAGAACUGGCGCAACCCCUUCGAGGCAGCCGACAAGCUUGGCGGCGCGGUGGCUCGCCGUAUUGAGUUCUUGAUUGAGCUUCUGCCCGAUGGCGAUUACAGUGGCCUCUUGGCUGGGGGACUAAGGUUGCUAUGCAAGACGGCGCAGCGUAAGAAAGAGGUUCGCGAAACCAUACUCAACAUGCUGGACAGCAUUUCAGACACGGUGGCGUUCAGAACGGACGAGAUCAGGAUGUACCGACAAGACCUAGAACUGAGGGACCGGUCUGAAAAGUUGUAUAUGGCAAUAUUGAACUUCAUUCGGUAUGCGGUCGCGUAUCUCGACCGGUCAAGUGCUCUCGAAUCGUUCAAGGCCUUCUUCAAACAGGACGAGUAUCAGUCGGAUCUAGACUCCGCCGUGGAGGAAGUCAAUAAUGCUGCUAAAUCCUUCGAGGGUCUGGUCUUUAUUUGCUUGCAGAAGCGUGUGCAGCAAAUUGACCACAAUAUCCAGACUUUUCAAGCCCAAACUAACCGCAAUUUCCGGACCAUGGAGACUCUAUACUUCUAUCUCGCGGGAAUGGCGAAAGACAUCAGCCAAGACAUUAAAUCUCUACUAGAAGAGCAGAAGCGAGAGGCGCAAGCCCCGACCGUGGUGCAAACACUGCACUUCGUGAACGUCCAGGGAGGCGCCCCCCCUCCACAAGCAUCAGUCCAGAUGGCCGGCCCGCAGUUCCCUUCUCUGUCGAUACCAAGCACUCAGCUUUGCCAGCUACUCUUCACCAAGUGGAGGGUUGAAACGGGACCAUCGGCAAGAGAUCUAAUGCCAGACCUCGUGGCGGAUGUACAAUCAGCCUUGGGAAUCGUUCCAACCCACUUUGGUGAGAAUCAGCUGGGCCUACUGAUGAGGGACAGCGCAUUCUCGACAUGGCUGAGAGCUCUGAACUCCCAAUUCGUCAUCCUCCAUGACGACAGCGCACUGGAAAGCAACAACUCUCUCUCCACGUCCAGCCAUCUCUGCGCCUUGCUGUCGAAAUCUAUGUCUGUGCCGGGUAUGCUCCCGCUGACAUUUUUCUGCGGUCUGCAUACCGCUGAUGGGGACUCGCUCGAGGGCGGAGAUGGCAUCAUGCGCGGCCUUGCGCUGCAGCUGCUCCAGGCAUUUGGGGAUACAAGCCUCUUCUCUCUCCCGAUCCCCGGAGAUGCCCAGCAGACUAUGCAAAGACUGACGAUGAACGACCUGACCACGACCUGCUCGAUAUUUUCCACGAUCCUACAGCACAUCUCGUCGCCCUGUGUUGUCCUUGUCAUGAUCGACGGUGCAUGUUGGUAUGACACUGAACUCAGGGGCGAUGGCAUGCAGAUAGCGAUGCGCUUUCUAUGUCAGGCUGUGGAGGAGGCACGGGUAAGAAACGGAGGAUUGGUGCUUAAGGUCUUGGUCACAAAUCCUACUCGGAGGCAGCGGAACUUGUGGGGCAUCCCGGCAACAGAUGUUGAUCUUGAGCAGAGCUUGUUGACCGGAGUUCAUGGAGGCGAAGCUUCGAGGGUUCUGUCCCUUUGA